GGCAAAGCAGGGGGUGGCUCCCACAAUAGCUCAAUUUAUUACUUUAGGGUUAUUACAAGAAUGUGAAUCGGAAUACAAUACCCCUAUAUUCCCGGUGCGUAAGCCAAAUGGUAAGUACAGGCUAGUACAGGAUUUAAGGGCAAUUAACAAAAUAGUUAAGGACAUCCACCCAGUGGUUGCUAAUCCUUACACUUUGUUACCAUCUGUGUCAGAACGCUUUAAAUAGUUUACUGUGAUUGAUUUGAAAGAUGCCUUCUUCUGUAUCCCACUGGCCGCGGAAAGCAUGAAGUACUUUGCCUUUGAAUGGGAAGACCCUAACACAGGACUUAGGAAGCAGCUGACAUGGACACGUUUACCCCAGGGGUUCAGCAACAGCCCCACAAUCUUUGGCAAUCAGUUGGCCAAGGAACUGGAGGAAUGGAGGACCACCCAGGUGAAAGAACCACCGUCUAGUGAAACAGCAGAAGGGGAAUUAGCUCAUGACUGCAUGGAAAUAAUUGAGCAGGUGUACUCCAGCCGGAUGGAUCUGAAGGACACACCAAUGGAAGAUCCCGACUGGGAGUUGUUCACAGAUGGAUCAAGCUUCGUGGAAAAUGGGACCAGGUAUGCCGGGUACUCUGUUGUCUCCACAACCCAAGUUAUAGAAGCCAAAGCAUUACCUCCAGGAACCUCGGCCCAGAAAGCGGAGGUCAUAGGCCUUACAAGGGCACUGGUACUCAGCGCUGGAAAGAAGGUAAACAUUUGGACUGAUUCUAAAUAUGCUUUCGGGGUAGUACACAUACAUGGAGCUUUAUGGAAAGAGAGGGGAUUACUUAGUGCACAAGGAACUAUGAUCAAACAUCACACAGAAGUUUUAGCCUUACUAGAAGCAGUCCACAAGCCAGAAAAGGUGGCCGUCAUGCAUGUACGUGGGCAUCAGAAAGAAGAAGGAAAAAUUUUCCAAGGAAAUCGCCUGGCAGAUUCGGCUGCCAAGGAGGCUGCACGGCUGGUAUGGACCCAGAUGGCUUUGAUCCCUACAAAGGUAACCCCUAUUUCUCCUUACUUAAACAACCACCACACUACUCAUCAGAGGAAGAAGUGGCCAAAUUGUUGA